UGGACAUCCGGUUGAACGGCAACCAAUAGGAAGGUCGCAAAUUUCAUCAGUAUGCGCUCGUCCUCCGCACUUCACUUCACUUGCGUAUGCGUAUGCUUGUCAGCAGAAUAAUAUCGUCAGCGGUCGGCCAUUGUCGUCAGCGGAGAUGCGAGAUAUUUUGAUGUAAUUUCUCAUCGGCAAAAACUGUAGGACACCACUCGCGUGUAAUCGAGUUUCAUACCUCGUCUAGGAUGCACACGGUCGCGGAAUUGGGUGCCGGUGUACCGGCUUUCCUUGCCAAGUUGUGGAGGCUCGUCGAGGAUCCAGAGACCGACAACCUAAUUUGCUGGUCACCUAGUGGAAAAAGUUUUUUUAUCAAAAAUCAAGCAAAGUUUGCAAGAGAAUUAUUGCCACAUUAUUAUAAACAUAACAAUAUGGCUAGUUUUGUACGGCAGCUAAAUAUGUAUGGAUUUCACAAGAAGGUUUCGGUCGAACUGGGUGGCCUAAAGUGCGAUAAAGAUGAAAUGGAAUUUGCACAUCAGUUUUUCCAUAAAGGACAACCAUAUUUAGUUGAACAUAUUAAAAGAAAAAUUGCAUCUAGCAAGAGUCAAGAUGUAGCUCAUUCUUCUAUGAAACCAGAAAUAAUGACUAAAGUAUUAGCAGAAGUAAGAAAUAUGAGGGGUCGUCAAGAGAGUUUGGAUAAUAAAUUAGGUGCAAUGAAACAUGAAAAUGAGGCAUUGUGGAGAGAAAUAGCAAUGCUAAGACAAAAACACUUGAAACAACAACAAAUUGUUAACAAGCUUAUUCAGUUUCUUGUUACUCUUGUACAACCAUCAUCAAGAGGAGGUGGAUUAUCUGUCAAGAGGCGAUAUCCAUUAAUGAUAGAUGAUUCAAAUCGUACACGUAAACAAAGUGCAAAGUUGUCAAAGUCACAAGCAUCUCCUACAGGACCAAUAAUUCAUGAACUUGAUGCAUCGGAACCUGAGUUGGAUUCAGACUAUAUUGUUGCUGAGAUGUUAGAGACGGCAGCUCCAGUUAUCCAUAGCCCAGGAGAGCAUAGUGAAGCAUCAAUAGAUGAUGAAAAUAUGGAAAAUGUUCAUUCAUCUGAGAAUCCUGUGACGAUUUUGCUAGAAAAUGAUACCGAAGUUAGUUCAUACGAACCUGAUACGAAAAGAAAACGUCUUUGCAAGGGCAAAAAAAAGAGGAAAAACAAGAUGCCUGUCAAAAUUUUGAUCUCCUCAUUGGAAAAUGGAGGAAAACCAAGGGAAGAAUUGCAUAUGCUUCAAAUGCCCAAUGAGGAAACUUUCGCUUUACUCAAUAAAGAAUCUGUCGGAUCUAAACCUAUACCUGCGGCUACUGUGCGAAGUUCUAAACUGAAAGCGAUGGUGGCAAAUAUUAAUGAAUCUCAAGAUGUUGAGCAAGAUAUUGAAAAUUCAGCUGAUGUGGAAGAUGAUAUUGAAGCCUCGGACAACGAUGCCUCCAUGAUCAAGCUAGAAGAUAUCCUAAUUGUUCCAGAAAUAAUCAACAACAGUAACAUUCAAAAUAUUAUUGAGAAUAAGGAAAGUGAUAUCAAAGGACCUAAUCAAGCAAAUGAGGGAUUUGAUCAACAGAAUGAUUACACAGUUGCUUUAACAAGUGAUGCCGAACAGCAUAACAAAAAUGGAACAUCAAUAUUUUUGCAGAAGGAAAAUAAUAAUUCCAACACAGCAAGCACGAGUUCAUCAAAAGAUGAAUUAUCUUUGAGUUGCGUCAAUUCUUCUGAAGCUAAUUACAGGUUAAAACCGACGGAAGAAAUGGAUAAUCAUCUGGAAACAAUACAAACAGAUUUGGACAAUCUGCGUGAAAUUCUGCGUGGUGAAAGUUAUAGUAUUGAUGCUAACACUCUUCUAGGGCUGUUUGGUGCAGAUGAUCCAAUGACAUUCGGAUUACCAAUUAACCCAGAAUUAAACCCAAAUUGUGGAAAAGAUGAUGAUAAUACUACAAUUGCAGAUUCUAUGAAUGGAUCUGUUGGUGGAGAACUUAUGACAUAUAAUCGUACGCCCAAUUUACUAGAUUUUGACGAUGAUAUGUUAUUGGAAAAUGACACAUCUUUACCAACAGCAUCAUCAGAUUUACUUACAAACAAUCUAUAUACUUCAGAUCUUUUAGAUCCCUCAGAUUCUUUAGACGAUAAAGCUUUGCUUUACGAUUCACUAGUAAAACUCUCUAGUAAGAAUCUAAAAUCGUAAAUACUAUUAUUUAUAUGUGCUUUUUACUGGAAACUCUACUUCAGGAUUAUUAAUUAUCUAGAAAAAAUGGUAAUGUAAAAAAUAGGAUAAAGUAAUCUAUUACAAAUAUUGCAGCAUUUACUAUCAUAUAAAAUAAGGAUAGUACUUGCGGCAACCGAAUACCUUGCUUUCGAUUACGAAAUGGCACGAUAAAACAAACAUAAUGAAAAGUAUAAAGGAGCAAUUUUAAAUAUAUCACGAAAGAGAAAAAUUAAAUAUCGAAAUGAUUAGUUUUCCGCGAUCUUACAAAUGAACAAAUAGGAGAAUUAUAUUAAUAAAACUUUUGUUCUUAUACUUGUAUAUAAUUGCAAACGGUUUUUUUUGCAAAAUAUCUUGCAACUAACUUUAUAAAGAGAAGUAAACAUAAAAUAAUAACAGUUUUUUAUGUAAUGUAUGAAGUAUUAGAUUAUAAAAAAGUUUAGAUUGUGAUAAAUCUGUGCAUACAUGUGUUAAAAAGAAACUGUUUUUGCUUAUAAACAUAUUUUUUUUAUUUCUUCACAGUUGUUAAUUAUCUCAAAUAGAUAAUAUUAAUUGUAAGGUAAUGAAAUGUAAAAAGUGAUAGUGCAAAUCAAGAUUUCAGUGUUUUAUAUGUAAUAGAAACAUUCUUGAAUCUGUAAAGUAACAUGGAUAAUUUUAUGUAUCUUGUGAAUCUUUUGCAACUUUGGAUAUGCACCCCUUUGAAUUAGAGUAACUUUUAUUCUGCAUAGAACUUUCUUAUUUCUCAUAUACACAAUUUAGAAUCCUAAUAUUCUGAUAUUAUGUCUAUAAUGUGCGGUUUAAUAGAUGUGUACAUGUAUAACAAUAAUGAGAUUGUAUUAUACUGUACUUAUGUGUGUAUAACUAAUGCUGAUAUAACUGAUGUGAGAAAAUUGCAUCAAUUUUUUCAACAAAGAUUAUUAUCCUAGUCAGUAGACUAGUUUUUAUCGAA